AUGGCGGCUGCUGAUAUGAGAGUCGAGCUGACCUGCUCCAUCUGCCUGAGCAUUUAUAUUGAUCCCGUGUCCCUGCCCUGUGGCCAUAACUUCUGCCAGGGCUGCAUUGAGAGAUCAUGGGACUCUCAGGGAUCCGGGGCUUAUUCCUGCCCUGAAUGCAGAGCGGGGCAUCAGGAGCGCCCAACCUUACAGAGGAACAGAACCCUGGGGAACAUAGCAGAGCAAUUCCUUUCUACUCACCCAGAGCAUGAUGGGACUGAGACCUCUGGGAAUAGAAGAUGCUCUGCACACAAUGAGCCCCUAAUUUAUUACUGCACUAUUGACGGGGCCCUUGCCUGUAUGACCUGCUGCCUGGCCGGGGAGCAUUGGGGCCACAGGGCCCUGGUGCUGAGUGAGGCCUCUCAGAGGCAGAGACAGACCCUGAGGGAUGAUCUGAGAAAUCUAAACCUUGGGAGAGAGGUGAAUGAGAGAGGAGCCCAGAGGCUGCAGGAGCGCAUUAAAGAAGUGGAAUCGAAGGCAGCUGGCGAGACAGAGAGAGUCGCUGCCUAUUUCAGGGACAUCAGGGAGCGGAUGGAAGCCUUCGAGGCCCAACUCACAAGUGACAUCUCCGGGCAGAAAGAGAGGCUUUUACAGCCAUUCACAAGUCAAAUUUCCCAGCUGGAAAGAGAGAAUGAUGAGCUGUCCAAGAGGAUCCAUGACAUUGAGGAGCUGAGUUACAUAAGAGACCCACUCACGUUCCUACAGGCGCUGAAAUCAGCUGGAGUUGUGGGGACAGAGAGUGGGGGCACAGGGAGAGGGGAAAUACCGAUCCCUAAUGUAGGGGAUAUGGAUGUGGCUCGGAUCUCAGAUACAUUAGUCCCAGGCUUGGCCGGGAUUGUGCAGCAGGUAACACACAGGAGGCUCUAUGGGCAGAAUGCAGCACACAUGUUCCUGGACCCGGGCAGGGCUGGGCCGAAUAUACGGGUAUCGGGGGACAGGAAACUGGCGUACCACGAGGAUCAUAUCCAAAGGCCAUAUAUACCAGAGAGGUAUCAGGAUGCUCAGGUUUUAAGCAGCGCAGUUUUCAACUCGGGGCACCAUUACUGGGAUGUGGAUGCCAGUGAAUUUGGGGACGUGAGAUUAGGGGUGGUUUAUACCAGUGGGGGGACACAUCCUUUCAUUGGGGAUGAUUAUAAGUCCUGGUGUUUGUUUAGAUGCUUUAAUAAUACAGCAUUCUUAGUGAAACACAGUAAUAUGCACCUAACGUUACCCCACGUCCCGUCCUCCUGCAGGAGAUUCCGGGUCUCGCUGGACUACAAGGCCGGGCAACUGUCCUUUUAUGAGCUGAGUGAGCCAAUCAGGCGCUUACACACCUACACUGCCAAAUUCACUGAGCCCCUCCGUGCUGCAUUCUGGGUAUGGAGAUAUGAAUCAAAUGAUGCCUGGCUGAGAAUCCUUAGUUAG